UACUCUCUACUGUAUCAGAUGGGAAGGCUGUAUUGUAUCCAAAAUCAUCCUGGUUACGAAGUUAUUUAAACCGAUAUUUCCGGAUUCCUGCAAUCCAACGUAUGAUUGGUCAGCUGUAGAGAUAAUAUAGCUUAGGAGGAAAGUUUCACAUUUUCUGUUUUUGCAUUCGGAGAGAAGUCGGUGUAGAGUUUCUGGGAAUAACCGACACAUUGGAGAUCACGUGACGAAGUACGUCAUCUUUCCUGUCAAGAAACUAAAGAUGUGUUACGCUGGGCCAAUUAGACAAGUACUUAUAAACGACUAAACAGGGUUAAAGAAGAGCAGAAGAAACGUUACUUGUAAACUACUGUGUUUAUUCAGAAUUUCUAGAAAUCCAAGAGUCUAACACAGAAUGACAGGGUUGGCGACUAGUAUCAUCAUAUUAGUGUUAGCAGUGGGACCUUUUCUAGAUUUAACUCACGGAAGUAAAGAUUGUAGGUUUCAAAGCCCACCUAAACAUGGAAAAUGGGAAUUUGAAAAUCCAGAUGACGCUGACAAGAAAUAUUUUCCUUCCUUUUAUGUUAUUAGCUAUGUAUGUGAUAAAGGAUACGUACAACGGUCGACUAAACCUUAUCUUAUAUGCAUAAAUGGAAAAUGGGACGGCAGUGUACCGAAAUGUGACAGGAUGAUGUGUUCUAAGCCAUCCAUAAAUAAUGGGGUUUUUGAGAUUAAUAAAAGUGGAAAUGAAGAUUUUGUAGACGGGACCGUAGUCAACUUUAAGUGUUACCAUGGCUACAGACUGGUUGGGAACUCUCAGCUCACGUGUACGUUUCAAGGAAGAAACAUGAAAUGGAAUGGAAACUUCCCAAAGUGCAAAGCUCUUAAUGCAACAACCUGUCCUUUUCCACCGGAUAUACCUAAGGUAGUUAUGAAGCCUUGGAAAGAAGGAGAUUACUAUUUACCUGAUGAUGAAUUCGAAUCCUACUGUGAUACUGGAUACAGCUUGUUGUCCGGUUCCGAAUAUUUAUAUUGCAAAGACAAUGGAGAGUGGGAUUCUCCGUUUCCUGUAUGUGGAGUAACUUCGUGCAAGGUACCACAAUACCUGGAAAACGGAAGAAUUGUUGAGACUGAGGAUACCAACCUAACUGUAGUCUCUGAUGGCUUUAAUCUAAAUUUCAUUUGCGAUCCAAACUAUCGUCUUAUUGGGAGUUCAUGGAUAAAGUGUACUUACCUAGGUUGGUCCAGUGAUUUACCAACAUGUCAACUUAUAACUUGCCCUGACCCAGGAAUCCCAGAAAAUGGACAAAGACAGGGAGCUGGUCCAUUUAACAUUGGAGACAGAGUGACAUUUUCAUGUUUUUCGGAUUAUAGAAUUUUAGGAUCAGAAGAAAGAAUUUGUUUAGGAAAUGGAAGAUGGAGUGGAAGACUUGCUACUUGUGAUCACUCACGCUAUUAUUGUCCUGAUCCUGGCGUGCCAAUCAAUGGAUUUAAAUCGGGUAACUCCUACAACUUAGGAGAUACUGUUCAAUUCUCGUGCAAGGCCGGUCACAGCGAGAUUGGAUCAUCAAACAGAACCUGCCAAUCGAAUCACAAGUGGUCGGGGGAACAACAAUUUUGUCUAGAGCCUUACUUCAGCGACAGGCCUAUAGAUAUGAUGAUACGUGUAACGCAGCUGUUGGAGGAAAAAGAAGAAGAGCAAGAAAAGCUAUUCGAAAACUUGCCGAGUUCGGAUAGAGGCAGAAUGAUUGACCUUAAUUUCCCUGGACGACUUGUAAUUUAUUUUGUCUUUGAUGCCUCGGGAAGUGUUGGAGAGAAAUAUUUCUACUCUGCGAUAAAAUUUGCAAAGGCACUUGUGAAACGUAUGGGUGUCAGAGAACAAGGGACAAGAUUUGGUGCAGUCAGCUUUAGUUCUACUGUGUCAAGCAUCUUUCUCCCGCAAGAUUACAAAACUGUUGAAGAAGUACAGAGUGCUUUGGAUAAAUUUAAUUUUACAGUUAUAACCUUAUUCACAUUUUUAGGGAAAGCAAAUAUGAGGGGCGAUCCAAAGCAGGUGGCUAAAGAACUUAGAGAAGAAGCUCAUGCUGAAAUUUACUGUAUUGCACUAACAGGAGAUUAUGACAUAAGUGAAUUAAAAGAUAUGGCGUCUUCUGUGAAAGAACAUGUGUAUAUUCUAAAGAACUACGAGACCCUUGAUUGGCUGGUUAAUGCUGUCAUUAAUGGAACAGUAGACUAUUCUGUAUGCGGUUACGGUAUGGAUGAAGUGUUAGAGGAAAUGAACAAAGCAGGAGAACAGAGGGCUGAUAAACCUUGGCCUUGGAUGGCUGCCAUAUAUUAUCAACUUGAAAACUUUGAAAAGCUGGGAUGUGGCGGGUCAAUAGUGGACAGGGAGUGGAUACUCACAGCUGCUCAUUGUUUUGUGAUAAAAAACGCUGACCCCAAGAAAGUAGAAUAUUUAGUACCAGCUAAUGUUACUGUCAAACUGGGUUUACUGGAUAUACGUAACAGUUCGGACCUUAAAGAGUUUGAAGUGACAGACAUACGUCUCCAUGAAAAGUUCAACUACACAACAUAUGAUCAUGACAUUGCCUUGCUAAAGUUGAGUCGGCCGAUUACAUAUGAGCGCUUUAUUCGUCCAGUUUGUCUUCCUCCAGUUGUUAUUCCAGAAAAUAGUACACUGUAUGAGACAGGACAAAGCGCUUUUGUGACAGGAUGGGGCCACGAUAAACGAGUAGAACUGGAUCAUGAAGGAGCUUUAAAAGGCAUUGAUCACCUGAAACAAAUACGUUUACCUAUCCAAAGUCAUGAAACCUGUGUGAAAAGUUUGGAGAAAACUAAAAAACAAAUGACUGAUUUCAUGAUCUGUGCUGGAGACAAUGAAGGUAUUGUAGACACUUGUAAAGGAGACAGUGGAGGGCCUUUGGCACAGUCGUUAGUUGAUGACGCCGAAAUGAACUAUUGGGUCCAGGUUGGCAUUGUUAGCUGGGGAAUUGGAUGUAAACUAAGGGGUCAUUACGGUUUUUAUACUCACGUAGCGAAACUAAGGCCAUGGAUCGACAAGGUCGUGAAUCCAUGAAUCACGAAUUACGUUGUUUUUUCAACUCAAGUUAAAUCAUAUCUCGAAUGUUAUAUCCCCUGUUCGCUCUAAAUAAGUCUUACGUUACCUUGUUAUGAAAAAGAAAAAUGGGUCCAACUUUUUACAUGCGUACGUUUUAUAUAUGAAUUUUACAACGUAUCAGUGCAUACUUUUAGACGAAAGAAGUGAAAUUUGAUGUCACUACGUUACAGAAAAUGGUUUUCACUGCUGCUCCAUUUAAUUAAAGAUGUAAACAAGUGUUUAUUAAACAUCCAUCAUUAAAGACGUUCAUAGUUUUCUUUCCCUAGUAUAUGUUUCAUAAAAAAAAACAAAAAAAAAAACAGAAAACAUAAACGUUUUAACGUGUCUAAUCUUAUUUAUCCGCCUUUGCUCUCUAUCUGCGAGUUGUGAUGACCAAGUGUCAUUUUUUAAUAGUGUUACGGUCUUUACAGUCCACUAUCCAAAACUGUUAGGAUCUGAUGCAAACUAAGCACUUCAACAAAUGUUAGAUAUUUACAUACUGCAAACGUUUGGAAAUUAUGUAUGUCAAUAAUAGGCCUAAGAUAUUAAAAUAGAAAUCUUAAUCAAA